GAAACAAAGGCAGCAGCUUUAUCACACAGACACACAGCAACUUCUCAAGGAUAUUUCUUUUUAACUGAAGGCCAAUACGUGGAGAACAAAAUGGUCGCUGCCGGGAUUCAGAUGCUGGGUGCCGCAUUGGGCAUCAUCGGCUGGAUCGGUGCCAUCGUGGUGUGCGCCCUCCCCAUGUGGAAAGUCACCGCAUUCAUCGGCAGCAACAUUGUCACGUCACAGACGAUCUGGGAAGGCAUCUGGAUGAAUUGCGUCCACCAGAGCACGGGUCAGAUGCAGUGUAAGGUCUACGAUUCCCUGCUGGCGCUGCCUCAGGACUUGCAGGCCGCUCGUGCCCUCUGCAUUAUCUCCAUCAUCGUGGGCAUCUUCGGCAUCCUGCUGUCGGUGGCCGGUGGCAAGUGCACCAACUGCGUGGAGGAUGAGAAGGCCAAGGCUAAGGUGGGCAUCGUUGCCGGUGUGGUCUACAUCAUCGCCGGGAUCCUGACCCUGGUGCCUGUGUGCUGGACGGCCCACAACAUCAUCAUGGACUUCUACAACCCGCUGCUCGACCAGGCCCAGAAACGCGAGCUGGGGGCCGCUGGUCGACUGGGGCUCCAGAUCCUAGGUGUGAUGCUGGCCAUGAUCGGCUGGCUGGGCAGCAUCAUCACCUGCGCGAUGCCCAUGUGGCGUGUGACGGCCUUCAUCGGGGCCAACAUCGUGACGGCACAGGUCAUCUGGGAGGGCCUGUGGAUGACCUGCGUGGUGCAGAGCACGGGCCAAAUGCAGUGCAAGGUCUACGACUCCAUGCUGGCGCUGAGCUCGGACCUGCAGGCGGCGCGCGCCAUGACCAUCAUCUCCAUCAUCGUGGGCAUCUUCGGCGUGCUCAUGGCCAUCAUGGGCGGCAAGUGCACCAACUGCCUGGAGGACGAGAGCGCCAAGGCCAGGGCCUGCAUUGUCUCUGGGGUCAUCUUCAUCAUGGCCGCCGUCCUGGUGCUGGUGCCGGUGUCCUGGUCAGCUCACACAGUCAUCCGUGACUUCUACAACCCGCUGAUAAUAGCGGCGCAGCAGCGAGAGCUGGGCGCAGCACUCUACAUUGGCUGGGGCACCGCGGUGCUACUGCUGCUCGGAGGGGGGCUACUCUGCUGGAACUGCCCCCCCAGAGAUCACCAGGCCUACGGAGCGGCGCAGUACGCCCCGGCCCGGUCCAAAGCCUCAGGGGACUACGUUUGAGGGAUGCAGCGGGAA